UAUUUGCUGCACUGUAGCAUUUGUGUGUGUGUGUUUUUGUGGGAAAACCCAAUGGUUCCGUUAAUUCUGCUUUAUCUACAUGAUCAGCUGUGGUUUCUUUAUGAUACAGACUGAGAAAAACUAAAACAAAAAACAACAAAAUCACGUUGAACGUAUCAUCGACCUUGGAGCGUUUGUGUUUAGUGUUCUGCAUUUGAUUUGUGAGUGUGCGUGUGAUACAGAGUGAAACGGGACUGCUGUUUUCUGUUAUAAACCCGACAAGAAUCAUCAUAUAUUCACAGGGUGUCGCAAGAGCAAAAUAACAAUAUAAUAAUCUUAUUCCCGAGUGAGGGAAGUUAAUUAUUGUUUAUUGACAUUUCAGGAUGCAUUUAAUAGUGCAUAAAUAAAAUACAACAACACUACAGUGGAAGAAAAAAAAAAUCCGCCAGGAAUACAACUGCGUUCUCCCAUAAUAAUAAUAAUAAUAAUAAUAAUAAUAAUAAUAAUAAUAAUAAUAAUAAAUCAGCCAUCACCAUGGUGGUUUUUAAUGGCUUAUUAAAGAUCAAGAUAUGUGAGGCUCUGGCCCUCAAGCCCACUGCUUGGUCACUGAGGCACGCUGUCGGACCGAGGACACAGACGUUUCUUUUGGACACUUAUAUCGCCCUGAAUGUGGACGAGUCGCGGGUCGGGCAGACAUCGACCAAACAGAAGACCAACAGCCCCGCCUGGAACGAUGAGUUUGUCACCGAGGUCCGGGCUGGGAGGAAGAUCGAGCUGUCGGUGUUUCACGAUGCUCCUAUUGGAUACGAUGACUUCGUGGCCAACUGCGUCAUCCAGUUUGAAGACCUGCUGCAGAACGGCAGCAGGCACUUCGAGGACUGGAUAGACCUGGAGCCCGAAGGAAGAGUGUAUGUUAUUAUUGACCUCUCCGGAUCCUCCAGUGAAGCCGCUGCCGCCUCCAAGGAGAAUGAGGAGCGGGUGUUUCGGGAGCGCAUGCGGCCCCGGAAACGGCAAGGGGCAGUGCGCCGUCGUGUGCACCAGGUCAACGGACACAAGUUCAUGGCUACCUACCUGCGACAGCCCACCUACUGCUCACACUGCCGAGACUUCAUCUGGGGGGUAAUAGGGAAGCAAGGUUAUCAGUGUCAAGUUUGUACUUGCGUAGUGCACAAAAGAUGCCACGAGCUUAUUAUAACAAAGUGUGCUGGUCUAAAGAAACAAGAAGCAACACCGGAUGAGGUGGGCUCUCAGCGGUUCAGUGUUAACAUGCCUCACAAGUUCAGCAAUCACAACUACAAAGUCCCCACGUUCUGUGACCACUGCGGCUCCCUGCUGUGGGGGCUGAUGAGGCAAGGCCUGCAGUGUAAAGUGUGCAAGAUGAAUGUACACAGACGCUGUGAAUCCAACGUGGCUCCCAACUGUGGGGUGGAUGCAAGAGGAAUCGCCAAAGUGUUAGCAGACCUGGGAGUCACUCCCGAUAAGAUCACCAACAGCGGCCAGAGGAGGAAAAAGUUGAACCCCGCAGUGGACCCCCAGCAGACAGUCCCAGGCUCCUCCCAGUCCGAGGAGGACCGCUCCAAGUCAGCCCCUGUGUCCCCCUGCGAUCAGGAAAUGAAAGAUCUUGAAAACAACAUUAGGAAAGCGCUUUCGUUCGAUAACCGAGGUGAAGAGAACAAGACAGCAGCCUCGGGGUCGACAGACAGCCAGGGGAGGGGGGGGGAGAGCCGGGAGAACGGGGAGCUCAGGACCCUGCAGACCAAGCGCAUGAACCUGGAGGACUUCCUCUUCAUCAAAGUGUUAGGCAAAGGCAGCUUCGGAAAGGUCAUGCUGGCAGAGUUGAAAGGUACAGACGAAGUGUACGCCGUGAAGGUUCUUAAAAAAGACGUCAUCCUUCAGGACGAUGAUGUAGACUGCACGAUGACGGAGAAGAGGAUCCUGGCACUCGCGCGGAGACACCCUUACCUGACCCAGCUCUUCUGCUGCUUCCAGACCAAGGACCGGCUUUUCUUUGUCAUGGAGUAUGUGAACGGAGGAGACCUCAUGUUCCAGAUCCAGCGCUCCCGCAAGUUCGACGAAGCCCGCUCCCGCUUCUAUGCAGCUGAGGUCACAUCAGCGCUUAUGUUUCUCCACCAACAUGGCGUCAUCUACAGAGAUUUAAAACUGGACAACAUUCUUCUGGACGCUGAAGGACACUGCAAGCUGGCCGACUUCGGCAUGUGCAAGGAGGGGAUUCUGAAUGGAGUGACGACUACGACAUUCUGCGGGACACCUGACUACAUCGCCCCAGAGAUUCUUCAGGAGCUGGAGUAUGGCCCCUCUGUGGACUGGUGGGCUCUUGGGGUGCUGAUGUACGAGAUGAUGGCAGGGCAGCCCCCCUUUGAAGCAGACAAUGAGGAUGACCUCUUUGAGUCCAUUCUGCAUGACGACGUCCUCUACCCCGUGUGGCUGAGCAAGGAGGCUGUGAGCAUCCUCAAAGCGUUCAUGACUAAGAGCCCCAAUAAGCGCCUGGGCUGCGUGGUGUCACAGGGUGGGGAAGAAUCCAUAAAACAGCAUCCGUUUUUCAAGGAAAUCGACUGGGUCAUGCUAGAACAAAGGAAAACCAAGCCUCCUUUCAAACCUCGAAUUAAAACCAAAAGGGAUGUCAACAACUUUGACCAGGACUUCACGCGCGAGGAGCCCGUGUUGACGCUGGUGGAGGACGCCAUCAUCAAGCAGAUCAACCAGGACGAGUUCAAAGGAUUCUCGUACUUCGGGGAGGAGCCCAUGCCCUAAGACACAGAGCAGUAGCCACCAGGCCAUCAGCUCCUCCUGUGAGAGUCCAGCAGUGAAAAGUAAUACCAGAGCAAGCUGAAACGAUCAACUAAUCAAGUAUCAAGCUUCUGCCAUGAAGCUCCACUCACCAGCUCAAUGGGGUUAUUAGGGGUUUCACUUUCAGGCUCCAUUGUUACUGUGUUUCAACAGUGGUUAAAAGACUAUCUAUCUCUCUCACUAUCUAUCUUUCUCGCUCUGUCUCUUUCUCUCUUUGUUACAAAGUUUUGCAGACGUAACACACUGCCAUAGAGAAGAAAGUGACUAAAGAAGCAGUCCAAUAGCAUGUAUUGCUUGGCAGAGCCGGUCUGGUUAGCUGCAUGCAGUAGCUGCUCAUGUUUCUGUUCUGACAGUUACAGCUGCUACUCUUACAAUAAGGAUGCAGUAUAGUAGCAGUGCCACUGUCUGGGUCUUCUCUAACUGGGAGCAUUUGCCCCACAACAGUCGUUUAUUUUUCCUUAGUGAUGCAUGAAUCUUACAUAAAGUGGCUAGUCUUCUGUAGUGAAGGUUUGUGUCCAGGCUAGUUUAAUUACAGCCUGAGACUGAUGUAUCACCAUCUUGUAUUUGCACUGUUGCUUGAGUUCCAAUUAGAUUUUUUCAAAAAGCAUGUAGUCUUUGACAUUAUUUUGCCUUGAAAAAGAUGGGUGUUUUACUAAGCAGACAUAAAAAAAUAGAAGUGAAUGUAUAUAAGACAUUUUAAUUGAACAUUGGACAAAAUAGGGUAAAGGUUUGGAGGCAAAGGUGACUGAAAGCCCAAAUAAAGUAGAAUUUGUGAUGAUUCUUUCCAGUGACCUAGAACUAACCAUCCUGCAGAGUAGCGUGUAACUGGUAGUUGCUAGUAUUGGAAUGCACCUUUGUAUUGUACAGUACUAAUGGGUCAAAACCAGCUAAGAGCAGAACUCAUACACACAAUACUGUACAACAAGACUCUGUCAAGCACGUUAUUUUAUUGUACAGUAUUGCACCGGAAUCCUUUGUUUUGAUUGUGUUUUCCUUUGCGGUGUGUUACUUUGGCACACUUCUGCAAACUCAUACGAUUGUACUACUGGCCUUUUAAUUUCAGUUGAUUUUUUACAUGAUACCUUUGCGUUAAGAAUAAUACAGUCGACUGACCUUCACGAUGUAUUGCAUUAAUGGAGCAGCACGAGAACGUCUGUCUGGAAUACACCACCUUAACCACAUUGAUUGUACAAAUAAAAAAAAAAUUGGAACUCUAUGUAGCAACAACAGUGAAAAUGUGACUAUUUGAGUCUGACUGUAUCAUACAAAGUAGACGUAUAUCUAGAGGAUUGAUCGUCACAUGUUACAGAACUGACCAUUAUCAUGACGGUGUAGAUAUUUGCCUUUGUUUGCUGGGUCGGGGUAACUUGUGGACAAAUUUAAAGUUACCUACUGUAGAUAUGCUAACAGUGUUAUUGUAGUUUAUUUCUAAAUAUUGUGUGAUUUUGUGUGUGUCUCUGCAUGUGUGUACAAGUGCUCCUCCAAGCCUUUUUAUGUUGUUGUUUGUUUGUUUGUUUAGUUUUGUUUCUUUUUUUAAACGAUUUUACUGGACUGUGUAAGUGUGCUGUUGCAGGAGUCUUUUACCCUACAUGUGGAUUUCCUGCUGCACAAACAGACGCUUUACUGUGAGUGGCAAAAGUAGAGCUAAAAGGAGUCUUUUGCCUUCUCUGCAGGUGAUACUUUGUAUAUAAUGUUUGCUGCAAGGCCUGUGGAGUUCUUUUGAACUAUAGAGGUAUCAAUCACUGCAUGUUCAGGCAUAAUAUAUUAUAUAUUAGUCUAUGAAAAAAAGGUUAUGUGCAAUACUAUUAAUGUGUUUUUUGUAUUUGUAUAUUAUGUCAGAGUACGUUUUGUUUUUUUGGAAGGGUCAUGAAAAUUGUAUAGGGUAUAUAUUAACCUCUACUGGACCUCUUUUGUGUGUGUGUGUGUGUGUGUGUGUGUGUGUGUGUAUGUGUGUGUGUAUAUAUAUAAAUAUUCUUUUUCAGACUAGUGACAGUGUGAUGACAACUUUGAUAAAGAGAUUAAAGAACUGGUGGCAACGGCAAACAAACGUGAAUUUAGCAUCUUGAACACUCCAAUGGCAUUCCUGCUGAGGAUUUGGGAUGGUCUAGUUGUGCAUGGCAGGUUGUGUGUGUGCGUGCGUAUGCGUGUGCUUGUGCGUGUGUGUUUGUUUCCAGUCUGUUUAGGGCAGCUGAUGCAGAAGGGUUGCUCAGCAUCCAUCUCCCAUCCCAUGAGCAAAGAGCAGCUCUCCAGUUCACAGUAUUUUCCUGCAUGUAAGCUUCUGCUGAGUAGUAGAAUGUUAGUAUAUUGAUUUAAUCAAGGGGGCUGGACAUAUGAUUUGAUACAAGUUGAAUGAUUAUAAUUAUUAUUAUUUUUUUUUUACUUGAACUUUUUCAGUCCCGGUGGGACCUUAGCACCAUAUGUUAUCAAAUGCCGAUGGAAAUCAAAUUGGAACCUCACAUUUUCUGACCUGGAAAAACAAUUGUCAGAGCGAUGGGAAGAUUUUACAGUUUUCAUGGUGACGUCAUGCUGAAGUCACAUGUGUGAGUUUGUGACAAAAGCAUUCUACCAGUAUGUGAAAAAUCUGUUCACCUACCCAGCACCAUGAGAAGAAAAGAACAUGUUUGCUGAUCAGAACCUAUUUGGUUGCCUGAUUUUAGGAUGUUUUGUUGUUUGUCUAGAAAUAUGCAGUACUGACUAUCUUACCACCAAUCAUAAUAGUGUUUUAACAAUGUCAGAUAGCCUGCAAUCGACCUGCAGUUGCAUCCCCUGAGCUCAGCACUUUUAAGAAACCAUUCAAGCUUUCUUAUCACGGGUAUUUCCUUGCAGAGCCUCUUGCAGUCAACAGUCAAAACCCACCCAGAAACAGUGUGUUUUUAUUCCAGGACAAGACCCGGCUAAACCGGACAACAUCUUAAUGCAUUGUGUAACUACUGUGAUUUCCAUCCAUUUCUCAGGCAGUGAAGCUGAACAGCAAACAGGUGAUGCUUUGAUGACAUAAGCUUUAAGCAGGCAACCCUACAACCCUUUCUCUCGCCCUCCCCCUCUAACCUGUGUAGCUACACACUCAGAACUGCUUCAAUGCAGGUUUGCAUCCACUCUGGUGUUGUAUUGAAACCAGCCCUACAAUUACAUAAGGGUUAUGGCACCAUUGUCCUUAUAACAGCUUUUAAAAAGUACAGAACAACACACGCACGCAUGCAUGCACGCCUGUACGAACACACACACACACACACACACACACACACACACACACACACACACAUAUAUAUCUAUGAUAGCGGUUUGCUAUUGUUUAAUACUAACACUGCAUGAAAAAUACAUCAACUAUAUUUAUCCCAGUUGUUUAUUAAAAAGCAAUAUAAGCAUAGUCGUGCAUACUUAAAUUUGAAUGUUAGGGCAAGUCACAGGAACUGUUGUCAUUGCAAGUAGUUGUUGGAUUAUAAUUUUCAUAUGAACUGACUGCUGCACAGAAGCACUAUGGGAAAGGUUUGAAGCUGUAAUGCACUAGACGAGACACCAAUCUUUAACAAAUCCCCUCCCAGAUUGUAUUAAUUAAAAGCUUCUCUUGAAUAGUGCUAUGUAAAGCUCGAUUGCACGUCACUUGAUUGUAAUCUAGCUGUGCAAUACCAGCCCUUGGCAGUCUUGACAAACCUUGAUCCAGAUCUUUAAUUGGACUUUUAAGUCAUCAGUAGUUACUUAAGUUUGGUUAUCCGUUAGCUGAAUAGUCUAAACAUAGGCAAGUAGAUCCCAAUAAAGAAGCCUUUUUUUUAUACAAGACAAUCAAAAACACAACACCUUUGUUAUUUCCCUGAUCCACAGCAACAUUCAAACAAACUUUACAAAAUGUUCAAUUAAAAGGCUUUUAGAAUGUUAGCACACAUUUUUGCCCUGCACUCUUCGGAGGUUUGAUUGAAUAAUGCCAUUAGCCCUACUCUAUUAUUUGAUUGAAUGUACCCCUUAUCUACUCUGACUGCUGAAACGGGCUUGGCGAGAUGUACCAGGCGUUCUUAUUAAUACAAUAAAAAGCGAGAGGUAUUUUCUUUCUUAGUUGUUCUUUACUAGCAGUUUAGUUUAAGUUGCAACCCCAUUCAUGUGUGUCUGUUUGUUUGUUUUGGUUUACAGUUCUUGGGGUUUGUCAGUCUCUCUUUGUACUAAGUGUUUAAUGUAUUUUGUAAUAUAUGAACAUAAUGUUACAUGCCAGCCUUUUCCAAUACAACAAUGUCCGUCCUCCUUCGGAGAUAUAAAUGCAUCAUGCCAAAUUGUAUCUCUGUUGUCUCUUAGCUUUUGUAAAGAAAAUUAUAAAAGGAUAUAUAUAUAUAGUGAUAGAGUAGGGGGAGGAUAAUGAAAACGUAACCCUGGAGAUAAAGCAGGAUACCGGAGGUAUUCUAGGGGAUGUAAUCCUGUACCUUACUUUAUCAGAGGCCGAUUUUUCAAAACUUGUAAUCUGUUUUAAAGUGAUCCUGAUAUUGUAAUCCUAUAUUUUGUAAUUGAGAUAACUUUUAUCUGGAUCAUUUUGAUCCAUUUUUUCAGAAAAUGGCACUGCUGGAUUACAUUUAUCCAGAUUACAAAAAAUUACGAUUAUGAAUUUAAGUAAUCGCCAUAAAAUAUAGGAUUACAAAAUCCUUUUCCAUCAAGAUUAUCCAGAUUUAGAAAAACCUGCUCCCCCUACUUUAUCACUUAUAUAAACUCUGUGUGCGUAUAUAUAUAUAUUAUAUA